UUUCAGAAGUCGAUGUUUUUAUUAUUUUUAAGCAAAAUUUUCUUAUUUCCAUCAAGUUUACUAUGAUAUAUAGUAUUGUGUUAUUCUAAUUAACUAAACAACAAUAUGGAUGAUAGUACGGAUAUCAUGGUAGAGCCUCUACCAUUACUGGGCAUUUGUAACCUGUGUUUGCACGACGGAGUUGUACAAAGUAUGCUAAUAAAGUACGAACAUGACGGCGUAUCAGAAACAUACGUCGAAAUGCUGUUAAAAAGUUUCUGUAUCGAUGUACUAUCAGUAGAUCUGGAGGAUACAAAAAGACUUAUCUGCUUCUCCUGUAUUGAUGAGUUGCUGCAUUUCGUUAAGUUUAGAGAAAAGGUGGAGAACUCCUUGAAGUCUUUGGAAAAUGUAACAUUGCAAAAGCAAAAACUGCCGGGUGUAAAAGAGGAACUAGCAUUUGAAGAGCUUAUUAAAGAAGCUUGUGAUAAUGAUUCUGAUAAUCAAGUGGAUUCUUUAGAUGAUGUAUUUGAUGUUAAGCAGGAACUACAAGACCUGAUGCAUGAUGAAACAGAUGUUGAUAUGUUAAUAAAAGGUGAAGAUUCCGAUGAUUAUGUACCUAAACGUAGAAGAAAAACGUUGGCAAAUAAAAAAAAACUUUCAUAUACAUUAAAAAAAAACUCUGACACGACAGAAACUGAGGGUAUGCUGAAAUCGGGACUGUUCCCAUUCAAAAUAUACAAAGAUAGGACGUUCUCUUGCGUUAUAUGUCCUAAGAAAUCGACAAUUUUAGACGACAUAAAAGAACAUAUGUCGGAACAUUCGAUAUCCAAUUUGCAUAUAGCUUUUGAGAAAAUACGCUCAUCGAAGUUGCAAACAUUUUAUAAAUAUGAUAAUAAGUUACGAUGUAAGCUAUGCAAAAUUGAUAUAUCAAAUUAUAACGAGUUAAGACAGCAUAUAGAUUUAUGUACAAAAUUAAAAAUAAACAAAUGGAGUAACUUACCUUUCAAGUUGGAAAAAGAUCAACUUGACUGUCCGAUAUGUAAAAAGAGAUUUCUAAAUUUCGUCAACUUAAACACACAUAUGAAUGUUCAUUACCCGAAUCAUAUUUGCGAGAAUUGUGGAAAAAGUUUUGCAUCCCAAGCUAGAUUACGCGGUCAUAUGAGGACACAUGAAUACGGUGAUUUCCCUUGUAGAUACUGCGAUGCAGUUUUCGAUAGAGUAACAAAAAGAGAAAAUCACGUAUCAAAAGAACAUAAAUCGGGUUUAAGAUAUGCAUGCAAACGUUGUAAUAUAUCUUUGUCAUCAUUUUAUACGAGACAGAAACAUUUAGCUGAAGUACAUAAUGAGGAAUUAAAAAGAUAUAAGUGUAAAGCAUGUACUCAAAGUUAUAUAACACCUGGACACUUAUCGAGUCAUGUAAGAAGGGACCAUUUGAACGAAAGGAAUCACAAAUGCGACAAAUGUGAUUUGGCUUUUUACACAAAGAAUGCGUUAAAAAUGCAUAUGAUAAAACACGAUGGUGAACGGAUUCAUGUGUGUCAUAUAUGUCAAAAAUCAUAUCAGAGGUUGAAAACAUUGAGAGAACAUAUGAGAAUACAUAAUAAUGAUAAAAGAUUUAUCUGUCCUGUAUGUGGACGGGCUUUUACACAGAAAUGUACAUUAAAGGGGCAUUUGAAAGUACAUGAUAGGAAAGUAGAUGGGGAUGUAAGAAUGGAUGACUCGUUAUGUACAAAUCGUGCUGUUGUUAUAUGUAGAAUAGAAGCUCCAACUAAUUUGAAUACAUAAAUAAAUAAUUUACUAACUUAUUAAAACUUUCGUGAGACAUUAUACUAUAAUAAAUUAUAACACGGCUAAACUCUUAAUAACUUAAUCACCACGUCAGUUUCGAGCUCGUCUUCGCCGACGGACAUAGUGAAUAGGGUACCCCCUGCGCCCCCCGCACCCCCUGCGCCCCCCGCACCCCCUGCGCCCACCGCACCCCCCGCGCCCCCCGCACUGUCGAAACGCGUGAUGCGGGCGAAGGCCGAGGGCACACAGUGACCGUCGCGACGUGAUAGCGAGUAUACCCGAUUAAUCACUCACCCUGAAGAAGGACCCCCAACUGUCGAAACUGUCGGUGCCUACACCGAAUGUUAUCACGUGAGUUUAGCCGUGUUAUAAUUUAUAUAAUUUACUAACUGUUUAAUGAUUUUGAAUGAAAUUGGAUGAUGCACAAAAGAUAUAAAAUUCUUCCAGCUUAUUUUAAAAAUAAUAUGUGUUCCAAAGAUGUUUAAAUGAUAGAUGAGGCAGUAAAUAUUUCUCACCGGUACUUUACAGUGGUAGUGCCCGCUUUAAAAUGUUAGCACUGCAGGGCUCGCCCCCAGUAAUACCAUGACCACACAGAAAACAGGCGUCAAAUGGUAGCAAUUUCGUGUUUCGUCAGAUGAGUGGUGCCGGAGGCCUAUUUUAAGUCCCUUUGUCUUCUCCACCCUUUACUUAAAAGUUUCAACUAUGCCUCCUCUAUAUAUCUGAAUCUCUUUGAUAUGUUCACUUUAAUCCAAAUGUUGUUGACGUCUAUUUAUGUGAUUUCGAAUAUCGAUUGUAAUAUUAUGUCGAGUAUUUUUUUUUACGGGAUUUGUGUGCAAAUAUCAUAAAUUAUUUUUAUUUUUAGAUAA